AUGUAUUCGGCUAUUCAAGGCUCCGCCAGCUCCUCAACUCGGCUGGAUGCCGAACAUCUGCCCGUGGAACUUGGGUGUCUCAUUCUUGAACAACUUAGCAGUCACCGUGACUUGCUUUCCAUGAUCGAAGCCUAUCCCGAGUGGGUUAUGUCGCUAUGGCAGAGCUACCCCCAACAGCUGUUCCCACGAGCCUUGGACAACAUGUUCAAUGAGCUUGAUGGCUUUUGCCACCACGACGCUCUUGUCGCUUUCCACGUACGAAGAAUCAGAAGGGAGUACGCGGAGUGGAUGAGGCCGCGGCAUGAGACUCAAGAUGACAGGGAUGAACUUGAGCGCAUGUUCCGUAAGAUCCUGAAUCUGGAAUGCGACGAUCACAUGCUGGCUCUCGAACCCAGCCUCACCACAAUACUGGAUUUUGGCGACCUUGUUAGGGACGUUAACUCCUUGACUGAUCGAUACUCAAAUGACGCCUGGGCAAGAAUCCACGACAUCGCCCAAAAGACUGGAACACAUUCAUCGUCCGCGAGCCCCAGCAACCAACCCGACAUCCAACUCAACGCAGAGGAAAGGGCCUGUUUCCAGCUCAACUUCCUCGAUGUGGAAAUCUACCUACUUACAAAAUUCUGGACCAAUGACGAAGGCGAGCGCUACAUCUUCAACAUGGGUCCUGACAUCGAGCAUAUUAUCCCCCACUCUGAGGCCGAUGUGAGGGAAGAAUUCGAUUCGUGCCUACGCUACAUCUUCGACGCCUACAGAACUUAUCUAAAGGAGACAGCGAGGGCUCUGGGGCUACCCGAGCUUCCCACCAGAGACGACUGCGCAUGGGUCCGCGACUGGCACGAAGACUACGAAUACGAUUAUCCAGACUAUCCAGUGCAAGCCACACGGGAUACAUCCACGAUAUUUGCUCAACGUUCCAUAUCGGAAGAACAAAGGUUCCUGCUAUGGCUUUGCGAGUUCGGCAUCGGCCCCCUUGUGAAAGCGCACGGGGCGGAAUCUGGAGAGCGCCGCGACGAGCUCCUGCGGCAUUUCGGUCUCCAAAAAAUCUGGGACACGGUGGAACUGCGCCACAGGUUUUACCGCUACGAUGCAUGCGUCGACCAUCCGCACCCCAGUCCCGGACGUGAGCCAAUCCGCAACCCUCGGAACAGACAUCCCAUCAUGAACCUUUACGGACGAGACCGCCAUCAGAGAUACGCACGCCGCUCAUCAUCCUGGGCGUGCGCCUCGGCAUUCCUCGAAUGGAGCCAUGCGCCUGGAAAGCGUUUCUCAACAAGAGACGACAUCGUGCUCAACGAGCGGGGCCGCUGGAUUACAAUGUCGGACACGGACAAGGGAGCGACAGACUGGAACCCCUUCAAGCUCAAGAGCAUACUAAACAAUAACAGUGGCGUGCCACACGGCCAUCCAUACAUGUUUGACGAGGACAAAUAUCAAUUCAGGUCGUUGCCAAGCCGAAUUCACCUCGUAUUACCAUAA